ACCAGCCGGGGACACCCGCCAGUAGGGAGCGGGCUGAGAGGGGAGGCGGUGGUAUCCUCGGCCCCGGGAGCGAGAGGUCGGUGUGCCGGUGACCGUGAGGCGAGCGUCGGCCCAGGGAGGCCGCGGAGGCUGGGGACAUUAGAAAUGGCUACACCCCAGUCAGUUUUCAUCUUUGCAAUUUGUAUUUUAAUGAUAACAGAAUUAAUUCUGGCCUCAAAAAGCUACUAUGAUAUCUUAGGAGUGCCAAAAUCUGCAUCAGAACGCCAAAUCAAGAAGGCCUUUCACAAAUUGGCCAUGAAGUACCACCCUGACAAAAAUAAGAGCCCUGAUGCUGAAGCAAAAUUCAGAGAGAUUGCAGAAGCAUAUGAAACUCUUUCAGAUGCUAGUAGGCGAAAAGAAUAUGAUACACUUGGACACAGUGCUUUUACUAAUGGUAAAGGACAAAGAAGUGGAAGUCCUUUUGAGCAGUCAUUUAACUUCAAUUUUGAUGACUUAUUUAAAGACUUUAACUUUUUUGGUCAAAACCAAAAUUCUCGGUCUAAGAAGCAUUUUGAAAAUCACUUCCAGACACGCCAGGAUGGUUCCAGUAGACAAAGGCACCAUUUCCAGGAGUUUUCUUUUGGAGGUGGAUUGUUUGAUGACAUGUUUGAAGAUAUGGAAAAAAUGUUUUCUUUUAGUGGUUUUGACAACACCAAUCAGCACACAGUACAGACUGAAAAUCGAUUUCAUGGAUCUAGUAAGCACUGCAGAACUGUCACUCAAAGAAGAGGAAACAUGGUUACUACGUAUACUGACUGUUCUGGACAAUAGUGGGCCCUUUUUUUCUGUUGUCACUAAAACCAUCUUGUUGACUUUUCCUCAAUAUCUUUGAUGAAAAAAGUUUUCUGUGAAUUGCUUUGACAAGUGCAUGAUUUCGCUUUAAGCAAUUUGAUAUAGCUAUUACAUAUAUUUAAGUUAUUCUAACAUUCAACAUUCAGUAGACAAAAUGUAAUAUUAAUUUUCCUUAUUAGGAAUUUUUUUAUAAAAAGAAUUCUGCCAAGUCAUUUUUCUUUACUUACCUUUGAGUUCCUAAAAGUAGCAAGUUUUAGUAUCAAAAAGAAAGAUUGAAUUUGGGUGAUACACAUUUAAAGAAAUGAAUUGUGUAAAUUUAGAUGAUUUUUUACAGUGAAACAUUUGCUAAUACGAAAUUGCAUGCUUUGUGGCAUCUGUUAAUUCAGUUGCUAAAUGUAUAUGAGAUUGUAUAAUUGAGUCAUUCAGCAAAGGAGAUCAGUAUGUUGGUUAAUUACCACUAAAAGCUUUAGGAAAGGAUGGUUUUAUUUUUGCAACCAAAUCAUGCCUUUUCUAUGGUAGAAUUGGGGUAAAGGAAGUAUAUUGCUUAUAGUCAGUGAAGCAGAAAAAGUUGAAAAUUUGUGAAAUAUUGCCAAGAGAUUGUUAGUGUGUGUAGGCCCUGAAUAAUGGUUUUUUUAAGAUUGAAAUUAUAACUACUUACACAUUUCCCCCACCUUUCUUUUUAACCCUGUAGGUCUUCAUACAAAUUUAUGUAGUCUUUUUUUGUGUGUACAUAGUUCUUCCUCUUUGCACUUACCUUGGUCUAGAGAUUGCACUUAUCUUCAUCUAAUACCUCAUUCUUUUGUAAAACCAGCCAGUAAUUUCUGUGCAACCUUAUUAUGUGCAAUAUUUUAAAAUCCUAAGACGUGUGUAUUUUGGUUUUUAGAUAGACUUAUUUCUUUAGUUUGGCACUUUUCCACAUUAUACUCCAUAUGAGUAUUAAUCCUUUGGAUGCACAUUAAAACUAGUAAUGUCUCAUACAACAUUGUGUGUGAGUGAGAGAAAUAUAAAUAUUUACAACCUGA